UGCCAGCUUAAACGUUUCAGUGAAAACAACAAAGCAACCAAAAUUACACGCGAAUUUUAAGCUGCUAAUUUCAACUCGUUAAUAUCGUUCAAGGAUAAGCGCAUUUUAAGCGACAAUGCGAAUCGAAGCGGAGGACUCCUUUUGGCUGGACAAGGCGGCUUGCAGCAACGCUGAAAGGCAGUUUUAUGAGGAACGCAAUAGGCGAAAAGUUAGUCUUGCUGGCCCCGUCCCCGUUCCCGGUCCAGCUCCGGGUCCUACACUUCCAACCGUUCCCCCAAAGAAAUCAAAAAAGCAGAAAAACAAGGCGAUGGCCGAGAAGGAACCACCAAAUAAACAACUUUACAUGAACCCGCUCACCAUGGAAGCGAACUUUUUCCUGGAAACGCUGACCGCUGUUAACCAGAAAACUACGCACCCGCAGUUGGAUCCGCAUCUUACCAAGCUCCUUGAACGGAUUGUCGUGGGUAUUGAGAAGUACUUGGACCGGAAUCCCACCUAUGUGUUGCCUCUCGAUACGUCAGGAGCCACCGUCGGCGAGGGUGUGGCCUUUGUGCAGCCCAAGGAACUGCAUACGAUCAAGCGCACAUUUAGCUGCAGUGCCUGCACUAAUCGCAUUGUUGGCACCACCAUUGCCAAGGCGGUGGCGCAUUUGUCGGAGAAUCACCCCAAUCCAAAUCCUAACGGACAGCCGGUGCACCAACAGCAACAGCAGCAGCAGCAAUCCAGGCAGGAAAAGAAGCGCGCUCAGGUGAAGGCGCGUCAGGAGAUGGUGGUGCAGCUGCCAAAAAAGGCCAAGGCCAUGAUUGUGGGCGAAAUCACAAAUGUGUUUAAGGACAAAUAUCCCGUGGCGGACAAGCUGAAAGUGAUACCCGAAUACGAUAUAAUCGAGCAGGACCUGAGCAAGCUUCUAUCGCCGGCGUUUCCCAAUCAGCAGUUGCGAGUCUACAAAUUUGGAUCCCGAAUAACUGGCAUAGGCACGCGAUCUUCUGACUUGGACGUAUUCGUAGACAUUGGCAACACCUUUCACACCUUUGAGCACCGAGCAUCAAAUGCGACAAUUAGCAAGCUCCGGGCGAUGCGAAAGUUCUUCUGCGGCAGUGAUGACUGGCGCAUCAUUAAUGUCAUUGAGCAGGCUCGUGUUCCCAUCAUAAAGACCUGCCACUUGCCAACGGGUAUCGAGUGCGACAUUUGCCUAAAUAGUCUUGGUUUUUGCAACACGAAUCUGCUGAAAUAUGUGUUCGAGUCACAGCCACUAGCUCAAUACAUGUGCAUCUAUGUGAAGAACUGGCUAGAGCGUUGCAAGCUGACGGAGCAGAUAUCAACGUAUAGCAUUACUUUGAUGGUCAUUUUCUUUUUGCAACUCCAGCACCUGCUCCCGCCCAUAUCGGGUCUGCAGACGGAGCAGUCGAUCUCUCAGCUUGUGGGGCCUUGGAUCGUCAACUUUACGCAGAAAUCGCCGAGUGAACUGGGAAUACAGCAAAUCGAAGUGACUGUGCCCAUUGUCAAAGGCUUCCUGAAGGCAUUCUUUUCAUACUUUGCCACCUUUGACUACGAACACUUUUUGGUCUGCCCGUACCUUGGACGUGCUGACACCGAAAUACAGAAUUUCGAAAAGUCUCUGCCGAGUCGGUAUUCUGCAUAUGUAGCUUCCAAUCCCGACUGCUCGCUGCAACUGCGAAAGCCGAUGGUGGUCCAGGAUCCCAUUCAGCUUAACCACAACGUGACAAAGGCGGUUACCAGAUAUGGCCUGCAAACUUUUGUGGAUUACUGCCAGCAAACGGCGUCGUUGCUCGAGGAGCCGUCGGCCAAUUGGCGCCAGCGUAAUACAUAAUCCACAGUCCGGAUCAAGGAGUCUCGUAUCCGGUAGUGAUCCCAUCCCUCCACUCUGAAGACAGUUCAGUUCAGUCGCUGGUCUGUUAAGUUAUGUAUGACUUUGUGUGUGUGUGUGUGAGGGUUUUCCCCUCUGCUGUAAAUUCAAGGCGAUGUCCGCCCAUUUGGUUAAAUACAAAACGCACAAAGUAUACAAGUGA